AUGGAUGCAUGGGGCUUCCUUUUACUAGGCUUUGUCCCUUACCUCUUGACCAUUUACACACGCGCCGCCACCAGGCUAUUGCCACCAUCAAGCCUGUCCAGUCAGCCAGCGCCUAAGCUAAACCCACACCCGUUGACUCCUCGCCCCCCGUCAAAGUCCAGUCACAAGCGCCUAGCCUACGCCUACUGGUACGCCUACGACCCCCCUCCGAUCUUCCGCCGACGCCUUGCAACACCCAACCACCAGCAACUAGCACGCAACUGUGCACAGUAG